GCAAACCCCUAAUUACAACGUAGACAGCGGAAUCGGACAUUGAGUAGCGGCAACUGAUCCAAAAAAUAAUCUCAUGACAGUGGAGAAUGCCCACAAUGAGUCAGAAGAGUAUCUGCCUGUGGACUCAGCUCCCCCAGAGCACCCAAUCACCGUCUGACCGAUUCAAGCAUGCAUGCUGUACCUAUGAUGGGCAUGUCUAUAUCCUGGGAGGCAGGGACAACAACUCUCUGAGGGACUUCUGGAGGUAUAGCGUGGUGCGUAAUGAGUGGACAGAGUUGGUCUGCACUAGUAAGGCGGCACCAGAAGAACUUGAGGAACACUCUAUGGUGGCUCAUGAGGGUUUUCUGUAUGUGUUUGGAGGAUUACUGGAUUCUGCAUACACCGAAUGGAGAUGUCCUCUUUGGGUAUUUGACAUUGCAAAGCAGAAAUGGGUGCACUGGCAGGGAAAGAAGCACUCCACCCAGAUGCCGACCAACAGAAAGGGACACAGUGGUGUGGUGUUUGGCUCUGAGAUGUUCAUUUAUGGAGGAUACAUAGACAUGAGAGGUUCCUCACAAGAAUUUUGGAGUUUGAAUUUUGAUACCAUGGAUUGGUCUCAGGUGGAUGAGUGCCAUUUGGGCUCACUGGGUCCAGGCCCCAGACAUAGCCAUUCUGCCAUGGCUCAUAAGGACUGCAUGUAUGUGUUUGGGGGUUUGCAAGGCCUGCGGGAGCAGAGAGACUUCUGGAGGUGGAACUUUACCAGCCACACCUGGAGCUGCCUUAAAAGCAUGUCAGGUCCCUCUAGACUAGUGGGCCAUUCAGCCGUGGCCUACAAGGACAGCAUGCUUCUUUUUGGUGGAGGUGAGAGCCAGGACUCCCCCAAGAACUGCCUAUGGAGGUACAGCUUCACCACUCACACAUGGGAGAGGUUAGCCAUGCUGGCCGGCUCAAAUCCUCCCCCCAGGAUCCACCACUGCUGUGCUGGGCUGGGUCCCAGCUACAAGCCUGCAACCAGCGGCCUCUUCUCCAGCUCUCACCACUUGAGUUCAGGACUCAUGCCCAAGCUGCUGGACAGCAAACUCAGGCCCUUCAAGAACAAGUGCUUCCCAUCACCACUUACUUUUCUGGGGACAGAGGUUGCUAUUGAGCUGGAAACAUUCAGCCCGGGCAAAACACCUCCAACAUUUGCAGUGGUGGAGUGCGGAAACAAGGGCUUGACAGACAAAGAUGCCCAGCAGAUUGGGAACUGUCUGACCUUUGAGAAUCAGGCCCUGAGUACCCAAUGGAGCUGUGAGGAGGAGGGCCUGGUUGAUACAGAGGAGGACGAUAUAUCCCAGCACCUGCCCGACUUGCUGCUGGUGCUUGGGGGAAAACCUCUGACCAGACACAUGCCAAUCUCUGUGUGGCAGGUGACCCUGACUGACUCAUAAGACCCUACAAGGAGCCAUGAUAACUUGAAAGUAAUACAUUUUCCCCACUAUGUGAAAUAAACAUUGCAAUGAUAUUCUCAGUUCCACAAAAGCCUAGUUUACACUGUAAUGGUUAUCGUAGCAAAAAGACAUGAUCAAGACAUAUAUAUUUUAUAUCUACUAAUUUAUAUGGAGUUUAUGCUAAACACAGUUAGCUGUGUCCAGACUAUGAGUACAUUUUAAUGCUCAGCCUUAAUAGAAUUCUGCCAUUUAUUUGUAUGUAGUGUGCAGUUUUCCUGUAAUUGCAAUACAAUAACCUAACCAACACAAGGAAUACCCCAAUGUUACAUAUAUUGUAUGUGAAUGUUAACUUUUCUAAAUAGGCCUCACAAAUUUAAACGUAUUACUAACAUUCUGAAGUUCAGAAAUUCUAGCCUGUUUGAACAAUUUAAGCAUGUUGUUGAAAAACAUAUAGCUCGAAGACAUUAUUUUUGAUAAUAAUUACCUGUUUUUAUAUUUGAGUUUUUGUGUUUUAUGUGUUUUUAAACUGCAUUAACUGUUACUGAAUGCUGCUUAAAGGGAAAACACCAGAACAUCAUUUGUAAUGAAAGGACUGAACUUCUAGGUCUUCCUGAAUGGAAUCAACCACAGCUGAAAUGUUCUACCUUUAUUUAGUUGUAGCAGUUGUAGAAUCUAACCAUUUGAUUAGCCAUAUGCUGGUUGUAAAAUUACCAUCAGAGAAUACUUCCUAACAUGAAUUUUUGCACUCUGUUUACCUCACUUCACCGAUGAUGCCUUACUUGUCCACUGAAUGGUGGCUGUUUACAUAAAGGUUUUCUACAUAAAAAUAUAUGGAACAAAGGUUAAGCGCACCACAGUAUUCUGAAGCAGAUGUGUGGAUGUGUGUGUGUGUGAAUAUGUGUGCAUGCACGUGUGUAAAUUUAAAUAACUGCAAAUCAAACCCAAUCUCUAAACCUACUUCAAGUAUCCUGUUAUUAAU